CAUAUACCUGGUGACAGUCACAUCUCAGGCGGUGGGUGGCAGCACAGAGACUCUCUGUGCGCAUAUCCAUGAGCCCAAAGAGACACUUUCUAUAGUGGUGACUUUGAGCACUAACAAUCUCGAUCUGACCAUUCUACAACAGGGCUUCAUUAAAAAUGAUUUCUACGAAUGUGUUCCUUUUAAGGUCCCUGUAGUCACUGUAGAGUCUGUGGCAUCCGUCAAUGUUGCAAUCCAAGGGGCCGAAACAUCCCUGAAGAAAACCACUCAGAUCCUCAUAAAACCCCCCCAAAAUCUUCUUUUCAUCCAAUCAGACAAGCCUAUCUAUAAGCCUGGACAAACAA